UUCAGCGAGUGUCUCGCUGCGGGAGGAACUCAAAUGCACAAACCGAAUGGAAAAUAUGAAAAGAAGGAUCCGGGACCGGGAAUAACGACACAAAACCGUCAUCCGAGUGUUCAUCUGUGGAUAUGAGAUGAUAUAUGACAGGACAGAAGCGCUGAAGGGUGUUUCAUCAGCCUGUUAAAGCAGCACAAUGACAAACACACUCAUCUCAGAGACAUGGAUAGAGUUUGUGGAAAUCUCACUCUUUAGGGCCUGAAACACCCCUCAACCUUCAUCAUCACCUCAGGAUCUAGUAUUCAUCCAACCACUGGUGUCCUGAAGAAAGGAGCUGUCACUCAAACUCAUCAAGAUGAUGGACUGGUGUCUGUGCAAACGCCCUCACAGGGUUUGAGCAUGCCCAGUUGCAUCUGAACUCCCCUGGUGGUGACCCACAGGACACAGAACAUGGCCCAGACCAGUCUACUGCAGGGCAAACGCUUCUACUGCCGUGAGUGGGUGUUCCAGAAGAUCCAGCAUUGCCUACAAGAGAAAACCAACAACCUCAGCAUUCCUGGAACAACCGAAUCGCUGAACCCCGUCAGCGGCCCGCUCUCUGGGCCAGGGAAGGCAGGAUCGUGGGGGGUUCUGCUGGUGGGCGGGCCAGGCAGUGGGAAGACGGCUUUGUGUACGGAGUUACUGUGGCCUGGUUCCGUUCACGUCGUCCACCGCAGGCUGCACCAGCACUGUCUGGGCUUCCACUUCUGCCGGGCGGAAGAUUCGGAUACGCUAUGUGUAAGCGCAUUUGUCCGUGGGCUGGUGGCUCAGAUAUGCCGGUCAGGACUCGUCCUGGAUUAUGAGGAGAAAGUGCGAGAGCCGGCAGUCCAGAGCGCUCUUCAGCCGGGAGAGUGUGAGAGAAAUCCAGCCGAAACAUUCAAGAGGUGUGUGUUGUUGCCAUUGUUGAGCUGUAAAGCUCCGUCUCAGGCUCUGUUUGUGUUGGUGGAUUCAGUGGAUGAGGGCUGUUCAUCAGGAGACAGACAUCAGAGGUCAAAUAUCGCCGAGCUGCUGGCCGCCCAUCAUGAGCUCUUCCCGCCCUGGCUGCUGCUGCUCUGCUCCGCUCGACGACAGAACAAGCACAUCACGAAACUCUUCACAGGUUUCCGAAAGAUCAGCCUGGAUGACCUACGGAAGGCCUACAUUGUAAAAGAUGUGCAACAGUACAUCCUCCACCGGCUAGACCAAGAGGAGAUGCUACGGCAACACCUCACCAAGGAGACAGCAGAGAUGCUGAACCAGCUUCACAUCAAAAGCAGCGGCUGUUUCCUGUACCUUGAGCGUGUUCUCGACGGAGUGGUUGAGAACUUUAUCAUGCUCCGGGAAAUUCGAGACAUCCCCGGAACGCUGAAUGGACUCUACCUUUGGCUCUGCCAGAGACUGUUUGUCAGAAAGCAGUUUGCCAAAGUCCAACCCAUCCUAAACGUGAUUCUGGCUGCCUGCAAACCACUGACUGUCAGGGAGCUUUAUCAUGCCGUCUGGACUAAAAGCAUGACUCUGACGAUGGAGGACUUUCAGAAGAAGAUGGAUAUUCUUUCCAAGCUCCUAGUUGAUGGACUUGGCAGCACUAAGAUCUUGUUUCACUACAGCUUUGCUGAAUGGCUCCUGGAUGUUAAACACUGCACACAAAAAUACCUUUGCAAUGCGGCUGAAGGGCAUCGAAUGAUGGCUAUGAGUUACACAUGCAGAGCGAAGCAGCUGAAACCUCUGGAGGUGCAGGAGUUUGCCUACCACCUGAUCAACUCUAACCUGCAGAUGGAGCCAUUUAAUCUUGCCCUUUGGAUGGUAUGGAAUGGUACACCUGCAAAAGACUCCCUGUCCACAUCAAUACCAAAAGAACAGGAGGUACUCCAGCUGCUGGUCAAAGCUGGAGCUCAUGUAAACAAUGAAGAUGAACAUGCUUCAUGCAUAGUGCAACAAGCCCUGGAACGUGAGGACUCUAUUCAAACUCUGCUAGAUAAUGGGGCAUCUGUUAACCAAACUGACUCCAGUGGUAGAACUCUGUUAGCCAAUGCUGCAUACAGCGGCAAUCUGGAUGUUGUGAACCUACUUAUCUCCAGGAGAGUCAACAUGGAGUUAGAGGACAACCACGGACAGACUGCACUUACUCUUGCAGCUAGACAGGGCCACACCAAGGUGGUCAACUGUCUCAUUGGGUGUGAUGCUAACAUCAACCACACAGACCAUGACGGCUGGACUGCCCUUAGGUCUGCAGCCUGGGGAGGUCACUCAGAGGUUGUGUCUGCACUCUUGUAUGCAGGUGCUAAGGUGGACUGUGCAGACGCAGACAGUAGGACCGCCCUGAGAGCUGCUGCCUGGGGAGGCCAUGAGGAUAUUGUUCUCAACCUUCUUCAACAUGGAGCCGAAGUCAACAAGGCAGAUAAUGAAGGACGAACUGCACUAAUCGCUGCUGCAUAUAUGGGGCACCGAGAGAUUGUGGAGCAUCUAUUGGAUCAUGGAGCUGAGGUCAACCAUGAGGACGUGGAUGGCAGAACGGCGCUCUCCGUUGCAGCUCUUUGCGUGCCAGCCAGCAAGGGUCACGCCUCCGUUGUAAGUCUACUAAUCGACCGUGGAGCGGAGGUUGACCACUGUGACAAAGACUGUAUGACCCCGCUUCUGGUUGCCGCCUAUGAAGGCCAUGUGGAUGUGGUAGAUCUGCUUCUAGAAGGAGGUGCAGAUGUUGAUCACACUGAUAACAAUGGGAGAACACCUCUGCUCGCUGCAGCAUCCAUGGGACAUGCUUCUGUUGUCAAUACUCUGCUGUUCUGGGGUGCAGCAGUUGACAGUAUUGACAGUGAAGGCAGAACUGUGUUGAGCAUUGCAUCUGCACAGGGGAAUGUGGAGGUUGUCCGAACUCUGCUGGACAGAGGACUGGAUGAGAACCACAGAGAUGAUGCAGGCUGGACACCACUACAUAUGGCUGCUUUUGAGGGACACAGACAAAUAUGUGAUGCUCUCAUUGAACAAGGUGCCCCCUGCACAGAGGUUGAUAAUGAUGGACGUAUCCCAUUGAUUCUGGCUGCUCAAGAGGGCCAUUACGACUGUGUGCACAUCCUUCUAGAGAAUAAGUCCUGUAUCGACCAGAGAGGUUACGAUGGUAGAAAUGCUCUCAGAGUUGCAGCGCUUGAGGGACACAGAGAUAUUGUGGAGUUGUUGCUGAGUCAUGGGGCAGAUAUUGACUUCAAGGAUGCAGACGGUCGUCCAACACUUUACAUCCUGGCACUUGAGAAUCAGCUGGCCAUGGCAGAGUACUUUCUUGAAAAUGGAGCAAAUGUAGAGGCCAGUGAUAUGGAUGGAAGAACAGCCCUACAUGUGUCGUGUUGGCAGGGCCAUGUCGAGAUGGUCCGACUGCUGAUUAACUACCAUGCAAAUGUGAACUCAUGUGAUAAUGAAAAGCGAUCGGCCCUCCAAUCAGCGGCUUGGCAGGGGCACACAAAGGUUGUUCAGAUCUUGAUUGACAACAGCACUGUUGUAGAUCACAUGUGCAACCAGGGUGCUACUGCUCUUGGCAUUGCAGCUCAGGAGGGGCACAUCGAUGUGGUCCAGAUUCUUCUAGAACAUGGUGCAGAUCCUAAUCACGCUGAUCAGUUUGGUCGCACUGCCAUGAGAGUGGCAGCCAAAGGUGGUCACACUUCCAUCAUUAAACUCUUGGAGAAAUAUGGCGCCACAAGUUUCAAUGGCUGUAACCCGUCCCCCAUCCACACCAUGGAGCAACAAACACCAGUAUCAGUUGCUAGGAAAGUUCAAUCACCUACUAUAAAGUCCAGCAGCUCUGGAAGCACAGGAGCUGGAGAAGUGCAUUCUACGGAUCGGGUACAAUCCAAUGGACCCGUUCACCCGUUCAGCUCCCCAUCAGGGUCUCCAGACUCAACCGUAGACCGACAGAAGUCCUCGCUGUCCAACAACUCACUCAAAAGUUCAAAAAACUCUUCCCUGAGGACCACCUCAUCCACCGCAACAGCCCAGACUGUUCCCAUUGACAGCGUCCAUGCCCUCUCCUUCAUUGAGCAGAUCCAGCAGCAUUCACUGCCUCGCAGUCGCAGUCGGCAAUCUAUCGUUUCUCCAUCCUCCACCACCAGGUCCAUCGGCACUCAGCCUGGCUCUCCGACCACCGAGUUUGACUGGAGCCAGGAAAAGCCAGGCCUCAAAUCCACCAAAGCAUCCAAGAACGGCAACAACUGCUCCAACAAAGGAAAAUCUGGUAAGAAGUCCAAGAACAGCUUUCAUUCACAGGGUCAAAUAGUGGAGUAUGAGCUGACUCAGUUUGAUAAAAGGCUUGUGCUUAAUAAGCCAGUGUCCAGUAUUGCUGUGAAGGACCCUCAGAGUAAGAUCAUGGUGGGCAGAUCUGGUGCUCUAGAUUCUAGCCAAUCACACGAGCAGUUUUACAUUCAGCCACAGAGCUGUGCAGAGAAGAAGAGGAAUGGAAUCAUGACCAACCCCAACUAUCACCUGCAGGGAAACCAGGUUUUUUUUGGGAGAGUAUCAGUCCCCAGAACUGUUUCCAGUAGGGGACAUCAGGACCUACUGGACAAUUACCCAAUAGGGGAUACAGAAUUAAGCCUUAAACAAGCCCUACAGCUCCAGAUUGAAGGAUCAGAACUUGGGAUAAACUGCAAAAAAGAAACGCCAUUAUAACUGAUGUCUUGAUCUUUAUUUGCCAUUCAGAAAGUGACUGUGCCAAAGCAAACGCUUUCAUCUGCAAAAGAACUGAAGCCAUUGUUCCACACUUUUCUGUGGAACAUCUCAUGAUGAAAGGAACUUGAGAGAACCGAAGGGAAGGAGGUCGCCCAAGCGUGAUGCAAACUAAUACUUGUGCCUGUCUGCUCCAGCCUUCUCGUGUUGAUCAUAAUGCACACAGACGCUUUUAAUUUAAUGCAUUAAUAUUUAAUUGGCAGUGGAUGCACUUUCUUCCUUUUUUAAGAAAAAACUCAAUUGUAAUUGUUUUUUUUGUUUUUUUGCAUUUUGGUGCUUUGUUUUUAUCAGAGUUUGUUCAAAAAGAAAUGUUUCUGUUUGUUUCAUGUUUGUUUUGUCUUGGCCUGUAUAAGUGCAAACUGGCAGCAAUGUGCCACUGGAGUAUGCUGUUUCCUCUGACAAACAUCACAAACUUUCCACCAUAUUUUCGUUUUAAAACUCUGAAUCUCUUCAGGCAUAGUUCACCCAAAAAUUAAAAUUCUCUCCUCAUUUAUUCGCCCACAAGACAUUCCCAACCUGUAUGAAUUUCUUUCUUCUGUGAAACACAAAAGAUGCUAAGCAAAAUGUCUGAGCUUCUGUUUUCCUUACCGUUUAAAAUGGAUGGUGAAUUACAUUCCCUAGCUCCUAAAGAGCAGCUUGAACAUUCUGCCUAAGAUCCACAGAGAAAAGUAAGUCAUACAUGUUUGGAAUGACAGAAGGAUGAGUUAAUAAUGGUAAAACUUUGUUGUGAACUAUUUAUUUAAACUCCAUUUGUUGUUCAGUGUUCACAUUCAAUCUUAGUCUUAGUUUACUCUUACACGUUUUGUUUAAAAAUUUUAAAUUGUAUUUUUUUUCUCCCCAAUUUGGAAUGCCCAAUUCCCAAUGCGCUCUAAGUCCUCGUGGUGGCGUAGUGGCUUUCCUCAAUCCGGGUGGCGGAGGACGAAUCUCAGACCAUCAAUCUGCGCAUCUUAUCACGUGGCUUGUUGAGCGCGUUACCGCGGAGACGUAGCACGUGUGGAGGCUUCACGCUAUUCUCCGUGGCAUCCAUGCACAACUCGCCACGUGCCCCGCCGAGAGCGAGAACCACAUUAUAGCGACCACGAGGACGUUACCCCAUGUGACUCUACCCUCCCUAGCAACCGGGCCAAUUUGGUUGCUUAGGAGACCUGGCUGGAGUCACUCAGCACGCCCUGGGAUUCGAACUCACGACUCCAGGUGUGAUAGUCAGCGUCAAUACUUGCUGAGAUACCCAGACCCCACACGUUUUGUUUUUUAGAAAAAGCCGCCUCCAUCCGUACCGUAUUACUCAUAUCAUGCUGCUAUGUUUUGUUGAUGCCUGCAUUUGUUUUAAAAGGUCUUAUUCUGUCAUUUUAACUCAUUAUUUUGUAUGUAGCAUUAUUGAUGCCCUUAAAGAAGAGUUACUCUGGCUUUACCAUGCUUCAUUAUUUAGUCCCUGUGGGACCUGUUUUGUUUGUUUAAUUUUGUGUUCAUCUAUUUACAUAUUUAAAUGACUGACUUGUAUCUUUAACUGCAGAGUUUGGUGCUAAAUGCAAAGUUCUCAGUGAUGCAACAUAAUGGUAGUUUGUGUUGCAGUGCGAAAGCGGCGGACAGUGUCAGGGAGUUCAAAUGUGUAGGUCAGCGACGGGUCAUCAUGCUUUUUACUCAUGCCAAGCAGCAAACCGCAGUAAUAUUACGUUUUCAGGCUUGAGUUUGAAAUGUAUACUCUGCAAGCCAAAGUUAAAACACAGCGAGGACACAGGAAAAAAAAACAUGGCCUUCUGAAGGCAGAUCUCGUGUCCCUGAGCCGUGGCUCUCUGUGGGGGAGUGGGAGGAGUGGAUUUCAGAUAUUGGUUUGCUAUGAGAGACGAGACGCAUAAAACCGUAUUAGGUGUAACUGCAUCAGAAAGCUUGUCCUCUGAAGAAUUACAGACAGGCACUUUAUAAAGCCUGGGACAUCUCAGCACAGAGAGAAUGAAUGACUGAAGAUGAAGACUGUAUUCUGUAACGUCAAGCCGUCUGCUUUACUGACGUUUUGUUCAUCUGUUUUGGUUCUUAGCCUGGAGUUCAUUUCAAGAGGAGUUUGAUUGUAAGAAGCUGACCAUGUACAUUAACAACUUUUGCAUUUUGAAAUUACAUUUCCUGUAUUAUAUUGAGCUGAAUUUUCUGACAUAUUUAAGUGCUUAAUAAACAUAUCUGCUUUUCUGCCAAA